AUGCAGAAGCUAGUGAUUUUUCUUUUGCUCGUGGCAUUGAGUUAUGCCGCAGAAUACGAAGGAGAAUGCGAAUCUAUUCCGCCGUUAACUCCCAGACUUCACACCGUUUCUGUUUUGGAAUUUGGGGCCGUCGGGGAUGGGCAAACAUUAAACACUGUCGCAUUUCAAAAUGCCAUUUUCUAUUCGCAGUCGUUUGCUGACAAAGGUGGUGCCCAACUUUAUGUACCCAAGGGACGGUGGCUUACUGGAAGCAUCAACCUUACGAGUUAUCUGACACUUUUCCUGGAAAAAGAUGCGAUCAUUCUUGGCUCUCAGGAUCAUAGUUACUGGGAUGUAGUCGAACCUUUACCGUCUUAUGGCCGAGGUAUUGAGCUACAUGAUAGAAGAUAUGGCAGCUUAAUUACAGGAAAUAAUUUAACUGAUGUUGUGAUAACAGGCAAUAAUGGAACAAUUGAUGGCCAAGGCUCCAUUUGGUGGGAACAAUUCGCUGCUCAUUCUCUAAAUUACAGUCGACCAAAUUUAGUGGAAUUCAUUGGUUCAAACAACAUUGUUAUCGCAAACUUAACCUUCUUAAAUGCACCUGCUUGGAACAUUCAUUUUGCUUAUUGCAGGAAGGUGUUGGUUCAGAAUGUAACAAUUUAUUCUCCACCUGAUGCCCCAUUAGCUAGUGGAAUAGUCCCAGAUUCUUCUGAGUAUGUUUGCAUUGAGAACAGCGACAUUAGCACAGGUUAUGAUGCCAUUGCACUUAAAAGUGGUUGGGAUGAGUAUGGAAUUGCCUAUGGAAAACCGACCUCUAAUGUUCAUGUUCGAGGGGUUCGUGUGCAUUCUUCUUCAGGAUCGGGCAUCGCUUUCGGCAGUGAGAUGUCAGGUGGCAUAUCCAGUGUACUGCUCGAGCACCUUCAUGUGCACGACUCCCCAACUGGCAUUGGGCUUAAGACAGCAAGAGGAAGGGGUGGCUAUAUCAAAGGCAUAUAUGUAUCAGACGUGCUCAUGGAAAAUGUACAGAGAGGAAUCAAGGCAACAGGUCAGUGCAAAUCUCAUCCAGAUGACAGAUUUGAUCUUGAUGCAUUGCCAGUGGUUAGUGGCAUCUCCUUUAUGGACGUGGUCGGUGUGAAUAUUGCUACAGCUGGGAUAUUUUAUGGAAUUAGUGAAUCUCCUUUCACUUCCGUAUGUUUGUCAAAUGUUUCUUUCUCUGUCACCUCUGACCACUCCACAUCAUGGGUAUGCUCAAACGUGUUCGGUUCCUCUAUAAAUGUGUCACCCGAACCGUGUCCAGAACUCAAGGGCUUAUUUACAAGUUUGUCCUCCAAUUGUUUCUCCAUCUCGUAUCCAAGUACUGAAGUUGCAGUUUCAUGA